AUGCCUUCAUUAGCGACGGUGCCUCGCCGACGACAGCGAAGCGAAGAAGAAGACGAAAGCGACGACUCGUCAAGCACACCAGGCAACCCCACGCCCGCGUCAAACAGCAGCAAGCGGAUCCGUCUGGACGCCAACUCAAGCGGCGAUGAGCAUGACACGGAAGAUACGUCUAGUGGGACGAGUGAUGAAGAGGAGGGGGCUGAGAAUGGCAAUAAUGUAAACGGGGUUUCGAAGCUAUCCAAGAUAGCGAAAACCCGCAAUCCGCAACCUAUGCAGAAUGGAGAUGGAGCAGUGCAGGAAGCCUACAAACCGGGCGCGAUUGUGCGCAUCAAGGUCACUGAUUUCGUGACGUAUACGUCUGCGGAAUUCUUUCCCGGGCCGAAAUUGAAUAUGGUUAUUGGACCGAAUGGAACGGGGAAGAGUACCCUUGUUUGUGCGAUUUGUUUGGGAUUGGGAUGGGGACCUGCGCACUUGGGACGUGCCAAGGACCCCGGCGAAUUCGUGAAGCACGGUUGCAGAGAGGCUACAAUUGAGAUCGAGCUCGCGGGAGGACCUCAUUUUCGUCGGAACCCGGUCGUAACUCGGACGAUCAAGCGCGAUGGCAACAAAAGCUCGUUUACCAUAAACGGGAAGACCGCAUCGCGCACCCAGGUGCUGAAGUUGGCUCAGUCGUUCUCCAUUCAAAUCGACAAUCUAUGUCAGUUCUUACCGCAAGAUAAGGUCAGCGAGUUCGCUGCUCUUACGCCCAUUGAACUCCUCAACUCCACACAAAGGGCUGCAGCGGGUGCUGAAAUGAUUGAAUGGCACGAUAACCUGAAGCAGCUGAGGGCCCGGCAGAAGAAAUUACAAGCGGAUAAUAAAAGCGACAAGGAUCUCCUAACUAAUCUCGAAGAGCGACAAGAGAUGCAAAGGGCGGAUGUUGAAAGGAUGCGACAGAGAGCUGAGAUCAAGAGGAAGAUCGAGAUGUUGGAGCUGACCCGACCAAUGGUGAAGUACAAGGAUAUGCACAACGACUUCAAGGACAAGAGACGGAGAAAAGAGGAAAUUGCCCUUGAGUACGAAAACCUCAAGGCUGAGCUUGAACCUUCCUUGAGAGCAGUCAAUGCGAAACAAGAGUAUUGUCUGCAGAUCGACAAUGUCGUCAGUUACAAGAAAGCGCGUGUUGAGGAAGCAGAACGUACGGCUUCAGCCCUAGGGAAAAAAAUCGAGCAAUACGAAGAGAAGAUGAAAAAUCUAGAAAAGGAAAUAGACGCGGAGAAGAAGAGCAAUGCCAAUUCGAAAGAGGAUGGGAUGAGGAUUCAGCAGACCAUUAACAAACUCAACCGCCAAUUGGCUGAAGGGGCCAUUGAGUUCGAUGCCGAUUGGUAUAAUGAGAGAAUUAGAGAAAAGCGACGAGAGGCUCGGGAAAUUGAGGAUAAAGCAAACCAAAUCAAAGAUGACCGAAGGCCACUCAGCGAAGCCCUAAAGGAGAAAACCGACAAAGUCACGGAGUUGGAACGACAUUUGCAGAGACUAGAAUCUCAAUCAGGACGGCAAGAAGAAAAGCUGAAACAGUUAUCAUACGAAUCCUACAAGGCUUACCAGUGGAUCCAGACGAAUCAGGACAAAUUCGAAAAAGAAGUGUUUGGCCCUCCGAUUGUCACCUGCUCUGUGAAGGACCCUAAAUACGCUGAUGCUGUCGAAUCACUAUUGCAACGGAAUGAUUACAUCGCAUUCACUGUACAGUGUCGCAACGAUUUCAGGACGCUUCAAAGGGAACUAAAUAUCGGGCAAAAGUUGGCCGAUAUCAGCAUCAAGACCAGUUCUGUUUCCUUGGAUAGUUUCCGUCCUCCCUUAACUGGAGACGAGAUUCGGAAUCUCGGGUUCGAUGGUUGGGCGAAAGAUUUCAUCAAUGGACCAGACCCAGUGGUCGCCACACUAUGUAGCGAGAAUCGGCUGCACCAAACACCUAUCGGCCAUCGAGCUAUCACGGACGAAGAGUUUCGCAAAAUAGAACAGGGGUCGAUAUCCUCCUGGGUGGCUGGCAGGCAAAGCUACCAAAUUACGCGACGAAAAGAAUAUGGUCCCAGUGCAACUUCAACCCGUGUGAGACAUUUGAAGCCGGCGAAGGUGUGGACAUCACAACCCUUGGAUGCAUCAGCGAAACAGGAUCUGGUUCGAAAUAUUCAAGUUCUCAAGGACGAAGUGCGCGAGUUGCAGGAAAAGAUGGACAUGGAGAGAGCCAAUCUACAGCAGCUCGGCCAUGAUUUUGAUGAAUGUGAACGGGAACGGCUCGAACUUGAGAGGGAGAAGUCCGAAAAACAAACGGCUCUUACAAACUACCGGGCUAUCCCCGAAAGAAUUCGCCAGCAGGAACUCCGACUGAGAGACAUCCAGAAGAUUUUUCAAGAUGUGAAAACCAGGGUUCUUGAUAUUCGCAGUCGACAGGACCAGCUAUCGAUUGAGAAAGCUGAGGCGACACUUGAAUACGCUAACGCGGUCGAACAUCUUCGAGUACUGCACGAGGAACUCAUCAAGUUAAAGAUCCGCCAUAUUGAGGCUUUCUCCGACUUAGAAAUUUUGAAGGAUCGUAAUAUAGAACACAGAGACAGGUUGGAAGCUAAAAAUAACGAGCUGAAAGACGCCAUGCAGGAAGUGAAGGCCAUGUCGGUAGCCGUCAAAGAAAUGAUGAAGCAGGCAAACAAGGUUGUACAACUGUCGGAGCGUCAGCCUGACUUGGCUGCCCUGCUCUCCAGUUUGGUCGAUCAUACUGUCGAUCAACUUGAAGCAGACAUCGACUCGGAGAAGGCUCGCCUGGAACUCACGCAUGGAGGGAGCAGCAACAUCAUUAAAGAAUUCGAAGAACGUGAAAAACAGAUACAAAAACUGCGUGGCAAGCUCUCCGAAUUCGAGGCUCAACUCGCGGAAUUUGACCACGCCAUCAACGAAAUCCGCGGGAAGUGGGAACCCAAGCUCGAUGAGAUCAUAAAGAGCAUAAGUGACGCUUUCUCUGACUCGUUUGCCCGCAUUGGCUGUGCCGGGCAGGUCACAUUAGACAAAGCAGAGGAUGAAGCAGGCGCCGACGGCGAACCUGGAGGCAGCGACUUUGACCAGUGGUCCAUCCAGAUCCACGUCAAAUUUCGAGAGCACGAGAAUCUCUCCCUCCUCGACUCUCACCGCCAAUCGGGUGGAGAAAGAGCCGUAAGUACGAUCUUCUACCUCAUGGCUCUGCAGUCGCUGUCCGCAUCUCCGUUCCGCGUCGUCGACGAGAUUAACCAAGGUAUGGACCCGCGCAAUGAACGCAUGGUACACGGACGCCUGGUGGACAUAGCCUGUGCCCCCUCCGAAAACGGAGGUGGCGGGCAAUACUUCCUCAUCACACCCAAACUGCUCAGCGGCUUAGUCUACAAGCCAGGCAUGAGGGUCCUCUGCAUCUAUAGCGGUGAGCAUAUGCCCAAAGACUACGAGCAGCUUGACUUUGGGCAAGCCGUUCAACGAAUGAGGGCUAUACGGGAUCGAGGAAGGGCCCUCGAGGAUCCUACUCAAAGAAGUAACGGCCAUGUUGACGUUCACGCUUGA